AUGGAGCCGGCCAGCGGGAGUGUGAAGAAGAUGGACAAGACGGCCCUGGAGGGGCUCGAUGCCCGCACCGAGAGCACGAAAGUGCCGGAAGAUGUUUUGAUGGAGGAGCCAGACGGUCCGUCCGACAACGAGACCAUGAGCACAUCAAAGCGGUCCAACAGCAAGCCGGAACAUGGAAGAGGCCCUCUGCGUGAGGUGAAACAGGCGAAGAAAGCUUUGAUCCACAAGGGGAUCAUCUCGAAGGAAGAUGCAGACAAGAUGCCCAGCGAGGACAUCUUGAAGAUGGUGAAGAAGUACCGCAAGGGCAGCGGCAACCUCACGGAGGCUGUCUUGGAGCAGCUCGCGGAGAACCAGAAGGAGGACCUCUUCAAGAAACUGUUUGGAGAGUUUCAAGAAAGCCCGGGCAUGAUGAUGCCGGAGAUCACGGACGAGCAGGUGACGGAAGCGGAUAAAAUCUUGACUUCCUGCUUCCUGUACCAGAAAUGCCCCUUUUGCGACAAGUACGUGGACGAGUGGCACGUACUGAAUAAGGACCACAAGAGUUACAUGAAGGAGCACCUCAGGUCGUCGUACCUCCUCACGGACCCAAGUGCGAUGACGGCCACCGAGGUCCGGGAGUCCUUCGCGAGAGUUCGGCGAUUCGGCGGGGGAUUGCGCCGUUUGUCGCUGGCAACCAGUGUGGAGUACUGGGGCGAUGUGGAGAAGCUUCCGUCCUUGGUACGGAGCAUCCAUGCCACCAAGGCGAUGCAAAUCAAAUACGGCGUGGGCAAGAAUGCGAAAACGCACCUCCUCACAAAGGAGGAGGUGGCCAAGUACCAUCUGGCCUGGGUGAGUUAUGCUCCGACGUCCGGCAAGUACAAGAACGCCUCGUACUCCAAGGACCGCCUGAAGCUCCACACCGAGCUCCAAAGGCCUAAACUUUUUAAACCCUGUAAACCCUCUCUAUAA